CUCCGGCGAGCAACGGUGGCAUUGCGACGCAACCUCGCCGUCCUCUCGUAGCAGAGCCUCGACGUUCGCCGGAGGAUGGGGCGUGGCCGGGGCGUGAGCUACGGCGGCGGGCAGAGCUCGCUGAGCUACCUCUUCGGCGGAGGCGGCGGCGACGAGGCCCCCGCGGAGCUCGCCAAGCCGCCGGCGCCGGCCGCGUCGGAGCAGAGGGCGGCACAGCCGGCGGCGGCUGCGGCCGCGGCGGGCACCGGCAAUGAGAAGCUGAAGGGGAUCCCGGCCGGUGUCCGGGGCAGCCAGACCAACAACUACUUCCGGGCGCAGGGCCAGAACUGCGGCAACUUCCUCACGGACCGCCCGUCGACCAAGGUGCACGCGGCGCCGGGCGGCGGCUCGUCGCUCGACUACCUCUUCGGCGGCAAGUGAUGAUGACCGCCUUAGCUUCCCGGAUCAGGCUUUGAAGCCGGAGCUGAGCAGAGCUCGCUUAGAACGCCGCCUACUUCGCAUGCUUGGAGUUCAGUAGCUCAUCAUCAUAACCUGCUUCCUGUACGGUUACUUUCCUGAAAUGGGAUUGUUCAUGUCUAACUCUGUGAUCUCCUCACGAAAAAAAAAAAGAAACUCUGUGAUCUCCAUUGGUGUCUGUCUCAUCACACUUCAGUACUGUUAGUGAUUGGUGUUUGUCUCAUCAGUCCUCUUGUGUGAGCUCAGCUACUUGUGAGAAUGUCAAAAACUGACUUGUCCUGUCAUCAGUAACAAGCCUUCCCUGUUCUUGGGCUGUUCAUCA